AUGUGUAAUGCACGAUUACAUACUAGAAAUGGCGAAGCAAUAAAAAAAGUGAACAUACACACUCAUGGAGCUUCAGCAGCAGAUGUAGAAGCUGCACAAAUAGUAACAGCCGUUAAAAAGCGUGCUGAAGUGGCAACUGAAGGAACAAUUCAGAAAAGAAUUUAUAGAAGAAUUUAUAAAACAAUUUAUAAGAGAAUUUAUAAAAGAAUUUAUAAAAGAAUUUUUUUACAAAAGAAUAUAAAAGAAUUUAUUAAAAAAUUUAUUAAAGAAUUUAUUAAAGAAUUUAUUAAAGAAUUUAUUAAAGAAUUUAUUAAAGAAUUUAUUAAAGAAUUUAUUAAAGAAUUUAUUAAAGAAUUUAUUAAAGAAUUUAUUAAAGAAUUUAUUAAAGAAUUUAUUAAAGAAUUUAUUAAAGAAUUUAUUAAAGAAUUUAUUAAAGAAUUUAUUAAAGAAUUUAUUAAAGAAUUUAUUAAAGAAUUUAUUAAAGAAUUUAUUAAAGAAUUUAUUAAAGAAUUUAUUAAAGAAUUUAUUAAAGAAUUUAUUAAAGAAUUUAUUAAAGAAUUUAUUAAAGAAUUUAUUAAAGAAUUUAUUAAAGAAUUUAUUAAAGAAUUUAUUAAAGAAUUUAUUAAAGAAUUUAUUAAAGAAUUUAUUAAAGAAUUUAUUAAAGAAUUUAUUAAAGAAUUUAUUAAAGAAUUUAUUAAAAAAUUUAUUAAAGAAUUUAUUAAAGAAUUUAUUAAAGAAUUUAUUGAAGAAUUUAUUAAAGAAUUUAUUAAAGAAUUUAUUGAAGAAUUUAUUAAAGAAUUUAUUAAAGAAUUUAUUAAAGAAUUUAUUAAAGAAUUUAUUAAAGAAUUUAUUAAAGAAUUUAUUAAAGAAUUUAUUAAAGAAUUUAAAUUUAUUAAAGAAUUUAUUAACGAAUUUAUUAAAGAAUUUAUUAAAGAAUUUAUUAAAGAAUUUAUUAAAGAAUUUAUUAAAGAAUUUAUUAAAGAAUUUAUUAAAGAAUUUAUUAAAGAAUUUAUUAAAGAAUUUAUUAAAGAAUUUAUUAAAGAAUUUAUUAAAGAAUUUAUUAAAGAAUUUAUUAAAGAAUUUAUUAAAGAAUUUAUUAAAGAAUUUAUUAAAGAAUUUAUUAAAGAAUUUAUUAAAGAAUUUAUUAAAGAAUUUAUUAAAGAAUUUAUUAAAGAAUUUAUUAAAGAAUUUAUUAAAGAAUUUAUAAAAGAAUUUAAAAAAGAAUUUAUAAAAGAAUUUAUGGCUUAUGAAACAAUAUUGCUGAUAUGA